CACAAUGCAGCACGCGGGUAUUUAAUCUGCCACAAACACAUAUCAUUUGCUUACAAACUGAUGCAGAAGAUUUGGUGACACAAGACAUCAGUUGAACCCUGGAUGAGGAUCGUGACAGGACAAGGUACUAAAAGUGCUGUGUCUCUUUUUUAUAUGUAUUUGAUAUCCGCAUCAUAUCGUGACUUUCCUGCCGUCACCCCAUACGUUUUGCAUUUCUCCUAACCAUUGUUAAGUGUUUCCAAAGCAUUUCACCACCUCAACCUCUCUCCUCCUCCCCCUCCUCCCGAUAGCUGAGACAGCAUGGGUUACAAGACCACCGGGGUUUGUGUCCUGGCGACCAUGAGACGCAGGCUUCUACUCAGGCUUGAAGUUAAGGGUAAAGACGCAGUGAAGCUACGCUGGGGAGCGCCAUCUGGGUUAACCACGGGAACAUAUACCAUAUAUUACAGACGCGUCACCGAGACCGCCUUCCAUGUGGUUAGUGGAGUUCAAGGAAACAGCUAUACAGUUCAAGGGCUGCACUCAUACGCGAAAUAUGAAUUCAAGGUAAAGGAUUCUCACCACUGCAGCAAACUGAAGAAGAUAAGAACGGCAUCAAAGUUUGCUAACUGACAAUUACGGUGAACAUGGAAAAGUCUACCUUACAUAUAAACAUUGAAGUAGAUACUUCUACUUCUUUGAUAUAAACUGUUAUAGCCACGAUUCAAAACCAAAAUGAUAAGGUAUACAAUUAAAACUCACUCGAAGGAAUAAAGGAAAACAAAUCACCAUUGCACUGUAGUAGUGUGGGAAUAUUGCAAUGUAAAUUGUUGGCGUUAACAUCGAGUGUCGUUCGUCAAAUUGUGUCACAGACAUA